AAGGAGUCGUGCUGGGUUUUUCUCUCGCUUUUAUUAAUCUGUUCUGUGUAUGAUUGGUCUGAUUUAAUCGCCCAUUGGAUUACAAGAGCGCUGUUAUACACUGUUGACAUCGUUCUAAAUCUUUCCUCCGGUUCAUCCUGAAGAAAUUCCUGCACAGAUCCCUUAUCCACACACACACACACACACGAUGGACCUUUUUUUAUGAAUGUAUGGUCAAUAUCUGCAUCUGAAUCGCCAUGUAGGCAUAUAGUAGUGUGUAAUAAUAACGCUCGCCAGGUAACGUUAACACACCAGGUAAAGCCAGUUGUCCGAUCAGCUGAGAGGAGGAGAGGGUAGAUCAGGGCAAUGCACGGGGGAAGAGCAGUGAUCUAGGAGGAGAUGCGUGAGUAUGAGGAGAGUUUGCACGGGCUCGAGGGGGAGUUGAUGGAUCAUUUCCCCCCUCCACCCCCGCGACACCCGCUCGCCCGGGAGCGCAUGAACAUCCAGAAGAGCAGCGUCUGCUCCAGGGCUUACUUCGUGGUGGUGAUGGCCUUCUUCCACAUCUACAUCAUUAACAUCAUAGCUCUGCUUCUGUAUGUGCACUAUAACACGGGGUCUGGGGAGCAGGAUGUGCUCCUUGAGAAGAGUGCCAGUGUCCCAGGACCCAUGCCUGAACACCAACCCCCUUCACCAAACCUGAGCCCCGAGCUCUCCUUCCAGCUGCCUCGCCUGGAGGGCAUUCGGGUUGGGCAUGUGCAAAGAGUGUCUCUCGUUCCUGACCGGACCCAUAACAUGCGCACCCUCAGCUUGAAACCACUGCUGUUUGAGAUCCCAGGGUUCCUGAGUGUGGAGGAGAGCAGUGUGGUGAUGCAGCUGGCCCAGCUGAAGGGCUUGACCCACAGCGCUCUCCUCACGGCCCCGGACAGCCAGGAGGAACAGCUCACUCAGGACGAGCUCUUCAGCCUGCUCGACCUCAACCAGGACGGCCUUCUGCAGAGGGAGGAGAUUUUGAGUCUGUCCCAUUCGACUGAUGGAUCUUGGCUGAGCUCAUACAAUUUACGGAAAAUCCACACCGGGCUUGAGACCAACCCUUCUGGAGCUCUGUCUCUGCAGGAGUUUAAGCGUGUCAGUGGAGGAGUGUUGCAGUACAGUGGAGCUGGACAAGGCUUGGACGGGAACGCCGAGGCCAGGCAGAGAAGCACACACACACGGCUUUACCUCGGAGAGGGCACACACCACCUGCUGAGGAGCAUCAGAAACAGAGUGACACGUGUAACGCGACUGCCGUCGUCGCUGGUCGAUCUCAGCGAGCCAAUGGAAGUCGUCCGUUACGAGCAGGGCGGGCACAGCCACGCCCACCACGACAGCAGCCCCCCCAACCCCGACAGCAGCUGCGCACACACACACCUGGCAGCAAAUCACUCCAACCAAGUUGCAUGCAGGUAUCUGACGGUCCUGCUGUAUCUGAACUCGGCGGAUGGAGGGGGAGAGACCAGCUUCCCUGUGGCCGACAACAGGACGUAUGAGGAGGAGGUCUUAGGUGAUCUCUCUCAGCAGUACUGUGAUAAGGGAAAUCUGAAGGUCAAACCUGUAGCUGGAACUGCUCUACUGUGGUACAACCACCUCUCAGAUGGCAAUGGUUGGGUUGGAGAGUUGGAUGAGUUCUCUCUCCACGGCGACUGCUCGGUCACUCGGGGCUUUAAAUGGACAGGGAGUGUGUGGGUGAACAUCGACCCUGACCAGCAGCGUCAGGAGCGCUACCAGCGCCUGGUCUCGUGGCAUCCAGAGGAGCAAAGCAAAAGGCCAGAGCAUGGAGACCUUCACCAAGACCUCUGAACCAGUUACGCUUUACGCUGAUCCAGAGUCAGUUUCCGCUAGGCAAGUCCUCAUGUAAAGCCUGGUUUAGGAAAUUAAAAGCUGGUCCAGUAAGAGAUAUACCAGGCGCUGCUGCAAGCUUGACCUUUAUAUAGCCGUCACCCCCUGCUCCGAUGACAUAUCAUAAAAUAUUCAUGAGCUUAACAGGGAGAAUAAUAGCUAAACUUUCACUGAUAUAAUUUGCUGGUGUCGCACAAGUUGCAUAUUCUCUAUUUAUGGAAGAGUUUAUUUAUUCAAUGUUGCAUAUUUAUUGAAAUUAUUUAUUUGUCAUAUCACCAUUUAUUAAAUUAUUUAUUCCUUUAUUAUUAUUUAUGAAUAUAUAUAAAUGUGUGGUGUGUACAUAUAUAUUAAUAGUCACAUAAUGUGUGUCUAUUUAUCUCAGGUUUGGUUAAGCACAGGUUCUUUUUCCAUUUUAAUGCACUAUUUGAAAUUGUCAGAUAUGUAAGUUAAAUUAAUUAAUAAAUAAAUUCAUACUUAUAGAA